UUUUUGAAUUUGAGCAUUGGAUUGGUUUUGUUUUGGGCUUGGCGUGUUUUCGAGAUUGUAAACUAAAUAUUUACGUUCCUGUUCAGUUUAAUUAUGUUAUAAUAAUAAAAGAAAACACCUUUUUUAUUAGCCAAGUAGUUUCACUCGUUACAAAAUGGCUGGUGUGUUAUUUGAGGAUAUAUUCAACGUGAAAGAUAUGGACCCAGAGGGAAAGAAGUUCGACAGAGUAAGCAGGUUGCACUGUGAAUCAGAGUCGUUCAAAAUGGAUUUAAUAUUAGACAUUAACUCGUGGAUAUACCCUAUGGAGUUGGGUGAUAAGUUUAGAUUGGUGUUAGCAACAACAUUGAGAGAGAAUGGCUACCCGGACGGAGGAGAAUGGAAUCCUUUAGAAACUGAAGGCAACAGGGCGGACAGUUUUGAAUAUGUUAUGUAUGGAAAAGUUUAUAAGAUAGACGGAGACGAGGUGGCUCUAGAGCCAGCGUCAAGAUUAGCAGCAUAUGUGUCGUUUGGUGGAUUGCUGAUGCGACUGCAAGGAGAUGCUAACAACUUGCACGGCUUCGAGGUAGAUCAGCACAUGUAUCUGUUGAUGAAGAAAUUGGCUUUUUAAUAUU